CUGCAACCUUAGGCCCAUUGCUGUAGCCCGUCACUCAGUCGUCACGCUCGACUCUUCUCCUCCAGAAGCAAAACCACGAGUCCCUCAAACGUAAUAUCACCGCCAUUAAUUUUUUUUGCCCCCGAAUUAUUUGGUACGGUUACCACUCCUUCAUCGAAUCUGGGAACCCAAUCACAACAAUAACAACCCGCCGUCGUCCCACUUCGCGCACGCGCAUGUCUUAAAGCUUCCCACUGCACGCCGCAACAUCUUGUCAACCACAUUCCUUACGCAACGCAAGCUGUCCAUUCACGGCCCUCGAUUUCGUCCUUGUUUGCCUGGGAGCAAGAUGUGCUAGCACCGCCACUGGAGACCUCUUUGACAAUUCAGGACUCUCCCGAGCGAGACAGGCCCCGUGUAAUAGAAUUCCCCGAUCAACAAUAGACCUUACUCGUCGCGGCAGCCUACCACAGGCAAGACAUCUUCCACCAUGUCGUCGUUUGGGCCCCAAUCGCUUCGUCAGACAGGCUUCCUUAGCCCUCCUUCUGCUGACACAACAAACAUUUCUCGCCAACUCUCGACAACUUCCUCCUCCGCCUCCUCUGGUUAUUCCUACGCAUCCGACCAGUCCUACGCAACGCAACUAUCGUCCGUCUCCAGCGGCUACUCUACACAACCUAACCAGAAUAAAGGGCAGAGCGAUGUCUUGGCCCGCGCACGUCUCUUUGAAUCUGGUGAUAUGAACCCCUCCAAAAGAGACAUGGCCUCCAGUCGCCAAACCCUGCGCACUAUCCCGCAAGGGCAGGCAACCGCGGGACGGUUCACGCCCGAAUCAUCGCCAACGAAGCCAUACCACCAUAGCCGUGGACAGAGCGUCGACAUUUCACAGCUCUCCAUUUCGCCAAACAACAGUUAUGCAUCCCCGCCAUCUCCAACGAAAGGACUUGCUCGACCUGCCUCGAUGAUGCUCGGCCGCUCUGACUCCAUUUCCAUUGGAGCACACAGCGCACAGAUUGCAUCGCCAGAUCUCGAAAAGCUUGGUCGCUCUACUACGAGACACUUGCGCACGCUUUCAAAGCUUGCACAGUCGGAAGUGGCGGAUGACUUUGCUAUCACUUCUCCAACGCAAGAGGUGGUAGGUCUACGCGGCCGCCGCAAGCUCCAGCGCGCCGAUGAUGGUGUCAAAGGCACAAAACCGUCUGGUUAUUCCUGGGAAGGUAGAAACUGGAUGGAUAAGCAGCGCCAGUUUUUGCAAGCAUACGAAUAUCUUUGCCACAUAGGAGAAGCAAAGGAAUGGAUCGAAGACAUCACUCAGAAGUCAUUGCCCCCGGUUGUCGAGCUUGAGGAAGCUCUUCGAGACGGUGUUACUCUUGCCGAGGUCGUGCAAGCACUCAACCCACAUAAGCAUUAUAGAAUCUUCCAUCAUCCUAAGCUGCAGUUCCGACAUUCCGACAACAUUGCGAUCUUCUUCAACUAUCUUAACGAGGUAGAGCUGCCCGACCUCUUCCGCUUUGAGCUCAUCGAUCUAUACGAGAAAAAGAAUACCCCCAAGGUUAUCUACUGUAUACACGCGCUCAGCUGGAUUUUAUUCCGCAAAGGCAUCGUUGAUUUCCGCAUUGGCAAUCUCGUUGGCCAAUUGGAGUUUGAGCAGCAUGAACUCGAAGCAAUGCAGAAGGGCCUUGAUAAGAUGGGAGUCAACAUGCCAGCCUUCGGCAAUAUGGGUGCCGAUUUUGGUGAACCCGAGCCCGAACCCCAAGAAUCAGAAGAGGAUCGCAUUGAUCGGGAACUCGGAGAGCACGAAGAAUCAAUCGCCGAACUUCAGACCCAAAUUCGAGGCGCCAUGCUGCGACUAAAGCUUGGUGAACAGAUGCAAAACUUCUGGGAUGCCGAGCAAGAUAUCGUACGCUUGCAGGCUUGCAUUAGAGGUAACUUUACAAGGCAAAUCAUGGGUUAUAGGCUCCAGAUGCGCCGUUCAGCAACCCUCGUGCAAAGUACAGCAAAGGGCUUUCUUGUUCGCCAACGGUUGAAGCAGAAUGACGUAGGCCGUAAGAUGGCCGAACCAACCAUUCUUGCCUUGCAAAGCGCCAUCCGCGCAAAUAAAGUGCGAAGAGAGGUUGUCCGUGAACGUGAGCGACUCGAAACCUUUGCACCCAAGGUCACGGCGCUACAGAGUCUGGCCCGUGCUAAGGUGCUCCGUAUGCGACACGAAACAGUCAAGUCAGAGGUUAAGCAGCAUAGUGUCGAUUUUGGCAAAUUCCAAGCUGCCAUUCGUGCUGCGGCAGUCCGACGUGAGAUCGCCGAACAACUCGAAGAACUCCAUCUACACGAACCCACCGUCAUUGAGAUGCAGUCUCGAAUCAGAGCCAUGUUUGAGAGACGCCGAAUCUUUGCGUUGCAACAGAAACUAGAUCGACACCUGCCCGCCAUUACAAAUAUCCAAAGCCGCGCAAGAGGAUAUGCCUACAGACAACAGCACACAGCGCGCCUUAAAGAGCUAGAGUCAACGAACCCGAGCACGACUGCCUUCCAGGCGCUGUUGAAGGCGAUGAUGGUCCGCGCCGAAAUUGAUGACUUGCUGACAGAGCUGUCCGAGGAAGAGGACUACAUUGUCGAUUUCCAAGCUGCCAUCCGUGGCUUCUUGGUGCGCAAGAGUUUUGAAGAAAAGAAACGCUACUUCAACGAGAACAUGCAAAAAGUCAUCAAGAUUCAGAGCUUCGUGCGAGCCAAGGUACAAGGCGAGGCUUACAAGAGUCUUACUACCGGCAAAAACCCACCAGUUAAUGCCGUCAAGAACUUUGUUCACUUGCUCAACGACAGCGACUUUGAUUUCAACGAAGAGGUGGAGUUUGAGCGCAUGCGUAAGACGGUUGUCCAGCAAGUCCGACAAAAUGAAAUGCUUGAGCAGUAUAUCGAUCAGCUUGACAUCAAGAUUGCUCUCCUAGUCAAGAACAAGAUCACUCUGGACGAAGUUAUCUCCCAUCAACACAACUUUGGAGGUUCUUCCAUGGGCCUCCUUGCCAAUGCUUCUAUGUCCAACGCCAACCAGUUCGACCUCAAGGCACUCAACAAGGGUUCCAGAAGAAAGCUAGAAUCGUACCAGCAGCUUUUCUUUACCCUUCAAACACAACCUCACUACCUUGCCCGGCUCUUCAAGCAGAUUCGUGAGCAGAGCAUACCAGAGAAAGAGAGCAAACGAAUCGAAUUGCUUGUGAUGAGUCUGUUUGGUUAUGCGCAGAAGCGCCGCGAAGAAUAUUAUCUGCUUAAGCUGAUUGGCAGGUCUAUCCAGGAGGAAGUUGAGAGCAGCCGAUCAGUCCAAGAAUACUACAGAGGCAGCUACUUUUGGUCUAAAUUGCUUGGCAAUUACAGUCGCUCUCCACGAGACAGAAAGUUUUUGAGAGAAGUCCUGGGCCCUUUGAUUCGCGACAACAUCGUCGAAGACCCAGCACUGAACCUGGAAAGCGAUCCUAUGCAGAUUUACAAGUCUGCCAUUAAUAAUGAGGAGUUGCGAACGGGACGACCAGACUCUAGACCAUUGGAUGUCCCACGCGAGGUUGCUAUUAGAGAUCCCGAAACUCGUCGCCUCUUUAUUGACCACCUGCGCGAUCUCCGCGAAAUUUGUGACCAAUUCUUCUUAGCGUUGGAGGAUCAUAUGCAUAAGACUCCAUAUGGCCUGCGAUUUAUUUGCAAGCAGAUGUAUGAGAGCCUCUGCUCCAGCUUCCCCAGAGAUCGACCGGAACAUCUUCUGCAGCUUGUUGGCAACUGGUUUUGGAAAUUUUACCUUCAACCUGCAGUGACUUUACCAGAGAACGUUGGCGUUAUUGAGAAGACGCUCAGCCCGCUGCAGAAACGCAACCUUAAUGAAGUUUCGAAAGUUAUUGGACAAAUUGCAACAGGACGACCAUUUGGAGGAGACAACGUUUACCUCCAGCCACUCAACGCUUUUGUUACCGAUUCUAUUGACAGAUUGGCCAACAUUACCCAAGACCUCAUCAACGUUCCUGAUGCGGAAACAACUUUCGAUAUUGACGAGUUUAAUGACUUGUACGCCAAGAACAAGCCUACGCUCUACGUGAAAAUGACAGAUGUCUUCGCCAUUCAUAAUCUCGUUGUUUCGGAGCUGCCAUGCAUUUGCCCAAGCAGAGAUGACGUCCUUCGCGAGAUCAUCAACGACCUCGGCAGCGUUAAGAACAACGAGGACGAAAUGAAUGGUGGCUCCUCUGAUAUACACAUGUUCCUUACUCCGCGACUGCACGAGGUCGAAGACCCUGAUGCAGAGGCGAAGGCUUUGUUCAUGGAAACAAAGCGCUGUGUCCUGUACAUUAUUCGUGUUCAGACAGGCGCCAACCUCCUUGAAAUUCUUGUCAAACCUAUCACUGAUGAAGACGAAGAUCGAUGGGCAGGACUUUUGCACGAGGACUUUGCCGACGGAUCUAACAGCCGUGGCGCAUAUUCUGACGCGAAAAUGGUGGACGUUACUCGCAUGUCUUACUAUGAGCUCAAGCGAACUGCUCUUGAGAACAUCAUGCGACUGGAGCAAAUGGGCCGCAUCUCGAAGCAAAACCACUACCAAGAUGUCCUCAACGCCAUUGCCAGUGAUAUUCGCUCCAAGAGCCGCCGACGUGUCCAAAGACAGCGCGAGCUGGACGGUGUCCGACUCACUCUUGGCAACUUGCACGAUAAGGCCAAGUACCUUGAGCAGCAGCGCAAGAGUUAUGACGACUACAUUGAGUCCGCCAUGACAACAUUGCAAAACAAGAAAGGAAAAAAGAAGUUCCUGAUGCCCUUUACAAAACAAUACAACCACCAGCGUGAGCUCGAACGCAGUGGCCGCGUACCCAAGUUUGGCAGCUUCAUGUACAGCGCCAAAGCCCUCUCUGAGAAGGGCGUCUUGGUGUCGUGGGACGGCAUGGGCGACUGGGACAAAAUCAACCUCACGAUUUCCUGCGACCGCGUUGGCGAGUUCAACGUCGAAGGCAGCCGUGGCCACAUCCAGAUCCCUGGUGCCAGUGCCCUGGUGAAUAUUGAAGACUUGCUGCAGGCACAGUUUGAGGCAAAGCAGUUCAUGCACCUGUUUGAAGGUACCUUGAAGCUUAAUGUGAACCUCAUGCUGCACCUCGUGUACAAGAAGUUCUACAGAACGCAGUAAGGUUAUUUAAACAGCAAGAACUGGGCUGGUCCUUAUUUUUCUUGCCCUUGCUGGUCCCAACUUCUCAUCUGGCUAUGAGAACUUUUUGUCUGCAUUCCAAGUUUCUUUUAUAUUUUUACACCACCUGCAUUGGAAAAGGUAGACUGGGCUGGGUUUACUCUGGUUGGGGUGGCCCUGUCGGACAAGACACCACGCUCUUGUCGUACUUGUUUAUAAUUUCGAUUUUUUAUAUUUGGCUACGGAGUAACAACAUACAAUGUGCUUUUGGGUGCAUAGGGAGGAUUGGAAACAUUGGGAUGGAUAGAAGAAUGACGUUUGAUUGUGAGGAAAUGAAAUUACGAGAAGAAGAGGGCAUGAUAAUUCUCAAGCAUUGUCUAUAGGGGACGUGUUUUUUGUUUUUUUGUAGGCUGAUUGACGUUUGAUAGUGUGCAUAUGAGUAUCAAUUAAACAUAUUGCUUUUGCCUAGAUUCUGCCUUUCAAUGCUUGUGUAUGUUAUCAGCACUGGUC